AUAGUAUGUAGGCCCUUGUCCGUCGGCUACUACACUUUUUUACUAUAUCUUUUGUUUUCAAGUGACCAUUCAAUUUAGUUUCACAACUCACUUUUCUUUCUAACUAAUACAUGGUGGUGACAAUAAUAAUUAGUUCUUGUUUUUACACUGCCACUGCCAAGCCCAUUAAUUUCUCAACUUUGUUGCAGGCAGAGCCUGGAACUUAAAUUAAAGGAAAUGUUCUAUCAUCACAAGUCAAAUCUUUCUAUCAUCAUCAUCAUCAUCACAAUCUUUGUAACGGUAAUAACUGCUGAUCAAAAUAAACGUAACUGCAAUAGAAGAUGCGGAAAACAAUUUGUAAAGUAUCCAUUCGGAUUCUCUGAUGAUUGUGAAAUCAAACUAAACUGCAACAGCAGCAACAAAGAACUCAAAAUUGGUGAAUUAAAAGUUCAAGAAGUGAAUUCUGAUAGCAUAUUCAUAUCUUUACCAGCAAAAUGCAACCGUAGCACUAGUUUCAUAGACCCACUUUUCGGUAAAAAUUUCGCUCCAACAUGGAACAAUACGUUCCUUGUACAGAAAUGUAAUUCAAAUCUUAGUGGUUGUGUUAUUCCAACUUCAAGUUUCAUUGGAUCAAACAUAGAUGUUGAAGGUUGUGAUGAUAAAACAAGAAGUGAUAACAUCACUUGCUUUUCGCAAUUGCAGCGUCAAAGAACGCGCGAGCACGAGGAUGUUCUUACUGUUAAUGAUUGGAAUAGAAAUGGAUGCAAAUUCUUGUUUUCUGCUAUUGCUGUUGAUACCAGUAAAAUCAAAGAGGUACCAAUUCAGUUUCAGGUGGUUGAGUUGGGGUGGUGGCUUCAACUUGAAGGGACUUGUGGAUGUUCUAAUGAUUCUAGUUGUACUGUGGUUCAUCUUCACGGAGAUAAACAGGGUUUCCGGUGUCGUUGCCACGAAGGUUUCGUCGGAGAUGGAUUUGUCAAAGGUUCUGGUUGCCGGAGAGUUUCUCAAUGCAGACCUUCAACAUUUGGGUCUAGCAAAUGUGGAAAAGCACUCAGAAUUGGUAUACUUAUUGGAGUGAUCUUAGUUGGAGCCUCCGUGACGGCUGCUCUGGCUACACUAUGCUACUUCGCCAAGCGCCGUUCCACGUGGCUGACAAAACAAUUGACGGUAAAGCGCCUAUUAAGAGAAGCUGCAGGCAACUACAUUGUUCCUCUCUACCCUUACAAAGAAAUAGAAAGAGCCACAAAUUUUUUCUCAGAGAAACACAGGCUAGGAACCGGUGCUUACGGCACGGUUUAUGCAGGAAACCUUCACAAUGAUGAAUUGGUUGCUAUAAAAAAGAUCAGGUAUAGAGACACCAAUAGUGUUGACCAAGUCAUGAAUGAGAUCAAGCUUCUUUCUUCGGUUAGUCACCCGAAUUUAGUUCGACUCUUAGGCUGCUGCAUAGAAAAAGGAGAGCAUAUACUUGUUUAUGAGUAUAUGGCAAAUGGAACAUUAUCUCAACAUUUACAAAGAGAAAGAGGUGGAACACUUCCUUGGACAAUAAGACUCACCAUUGCCUCUGAAACUGCUAAUGCUAUAGCAUUUCUCCACUCUUCAAAUCCUCCAAUUUAUCAUAGAGACAUAAAAUCUAGUAACAUACUUUUGGACUUUAGCUUUCAAUCGAAAGUAGCCGAUUUCGGACUUUCUAGGCUAGGUAUGACAGAAACAUCGCAUAUCUCAACUGCGCCACAAGGGACACCGGGUUAUGUUGAUCCACAAUACCACCAAAACUUUCACCUUUCUGAUAAAAGUGAUGUAUAUAGUUUCGGAGUUGUUUUGGUAGAGAUAAUAACGGCAAUGAAAGUGGUUGAUUUCGGUAGACCUCAGAGUGAGAUUAAUUUAGCAGCACUUGCUGUUGAAAAAAUUAGGAAAGGUCGUAUCGAAGAUAUCAUAGAUCCUUUCCUUGAUCUAAAUAGGGAUGCUUGGACACUCUAUUCUGUUAACAAGGUAGCCGAGCUUGCAUUUAGAUGCCUUGCUUUUCAUAGCGAAGCGAGACCUAGUAUGAUUGAAGUGGCCGAGGAGCUAGAUCAUAUCAGACGCAGUGGAUGGGCGACGAUGGAGGAAACUAUAUGCAUGGGCUCAUCAGUUGGAUCCACUUGUUCAUCGCCUCGUAAUAAUGGAAAUGAGAAUUUAGUUUCGAGGAAUGAGAUAUCGAUUGUUCCACAAAAGACUAAUAGUUUUUUGCAUUCAAUAGAGGAGGUGAAGGAUAGUUCCCCUGUAUCUAUGCAUGGUACUUGGUCAAGUAGACCUAGCUCACCUUCAGCAAACAGCUUAUUGGGAAAUGUUGUUCAGUGAAAUGAACUUAUUUACUUGUGAAUCACAAAGCUAGGCAUUUUAACAGUUUUCUUUUAUCUUUUGCGGUUACUCCUAUAAGCUAUAGCUAUUUUGUGUGUGUAAUGGCAUUAGAAUUGUAUAGGAAGUAAAUUGUGAAAAGUAAAUAAUUAAUAUUUGAAAAAUAAGCUGGAAACUAAUAACAUCUGAGAGCUGAGACUAUAAUUAUCUUGUUUGUAAUUUGGUUAGUGAAGGAAGGUUUCUUGAUAGAGUUUACUG